UUCUUGUCCCAAGAAAUUCCCAAAUUCCGUUUACAGAACUGCGCAUGCUCUGUGAACAAAGGAUAACUACUGUGGGAAGCCGACAGCAUCAUGGAUGACUUCAAUACCGGGGAGGAGACUGCCUUUGUUGUAGACGAAGUGACCUCCAUCAUCAAGGAGUCUGUAGAAGGAGCCAUCGGCGGAAAUGCCUAUCAACACAACAGAGUCAAUCAGUGGACAACUAAUGUAGUAGAGCAGUGUCUAAGCCAGCUGACCAAGCUAGGAAAGCCCUUCAAAUACAUAGUGACGUGCAUCAUAAUGCAAAAGAAUGGGGCGGGGCUACAGACGGCCAGUUCGUGCUUCUGGGACAACACUACUGACGGAAGCUGCACUGUCAGAUGGGAGAAUAAGUCCAUGUAUUGCAUCGUCAGUGUCUUUGGGCUGGCUAUCUGAACACGGCCCUACCCUGCUGUACCGACAACUGGCUUCUUUCAUUCGUAGUUAUUCAGUGAACACAUUUUCUUUAAUACAGUGACAGUUCUGUCACACUCAAACUACAGUGCAUUCCUAUUUUGUGAAACACGUCCUUAGUGCGCCAGUGAAUUCCUUUUCUCUCGAAUUUUCUUCCUUACUCACCGAUUACAUUCACGUUCAUGUUCUUGUUCUCAGCUGCUGUCGGUUUGUGUUAUUACCAAAGUGUUUUCCACUGCUCUGAAGGGGAAAUAACUGUUCUGUGCGAUUACUUUUCAAGCAGCGUGCUUCUUGUGUGCACAGGUUUGUUUUGUUACGUUUUGGAUAAAUUAUUACACAUUUUCCACACUUUUUUUUUUGGUGUUGUGUGUGUGUGUAUUCACCACCGUGACUAAUUUCAACACUUAGUUUGAAUCCCACGUGUCCAUUUGUGCAUAGCGUAAUUGUGUAAAUCCGCAAAUUCAGCUUUUAAAAAUGUUUUUUAAAGUGACAUUUUGAAACCAUUCUGUGUUGUAGGAGAGGUUUUAUUAGUCUGUGGUGACAACAGUAAUUCCCUCGCUAGACAUGACAUGAGCCUCCUGCGUCUCUUGGAAUAAACGUUACAGUUUACACGAAA